AUUAAUUUUUCAGAAUGCUGGUCGAGCCUCGAGUCAUUGAGAACGCCAGCCUGAUGCUCUAACUUGUGAGCCCCGGAUGUCCCAAUAGCAAGGAAGGCAGGAGGUACUAAAGUCAUACCAACCCUGCAUACUCAGCCUUGCCGGACAUCUCACAGGCGGUUCGGGACGAAGUGUUCGGGAUGUCUGCAGGGCAUCUCCCCGCAGGACCUCGUAAGGAAGGCUCGGGACCGCGUGUUCCACCUCAAGUGCUUCACCUGCUGCGUCUGCCGGAAGCAGCUCUCCACCGGCGAGGAACUCUAUGUACUCGACGAGAACAAAUUCAUCUGUAAACAAGACUAUAUGAGCGGGAAGGCCAUGUCUGACUCCUUCACGGGCGGCUCUGACGACGAGGACGAGGAGUCCAUGGACGUGAAGCCGACCAUCGAGACCAACAACAACAGCAGCAGCACGCCGCCCACCCAGGGACCCCUACCGCCGCCCACCCUCACGCCCAAUCCCAGCGCCCUCGCCGCCUCUCCCGCCGGCAUAACGGCGCCCACGGCGGGUCUAGCGGCGGCCAUGAUGAGUGGUGGGCGGCCAAACACGCCCACCAGAUCCCUGGGAGUCGUUCCGCCCACCAGCACUACGCCCCUCCUCGAGCCGAUGAGCGUGGGCGAGAACAAGGUUAAUAAUGCAUUUCCUGGUUUUAAUGUAAGUAUGGUUACGAUCUUGAGUAUAUCUGUGUGUGUUUGUGUGACGCCCCCUAGUGUUAGCUGUGUGUCACGCCCCCUAGUGUUAGCUGUGUGUCACGCCCCCUAG